AUGGCGUGGUACUGUUCUGGGGCAACCAACAAUGAGCUGAUCGAGAACCUAUCUAACGAGGGAUUGAUCAAAAAUGAGAGGGUGAGAAGGGCUAUGAUGGCAGUUGAUCGCGGCCACUACGCCCCAUCCAGACCAUACUCAGACUCACCCCAGCCUAUUGGUCAUGGAGCGACAAUUUCCGCCCCUCACAUGCACGGCCAUGCUUGCGAGUACCUUAUUAAUCACCUCAAGCCCGGCGCGCGUGUCCUGGACAUUGGAUCCGGCUCUGGAUAUUUGACCCAUGUCAUGGCUAGACUCGUCGUGGACCCAUCUAGCAAUGGCCCAAAGGGACAAGUCAUUGGGGUCGACCAUAUCCAAGAACUGGUGGACCUCGCAACUAAUAACAUGAGAAAGUCCGAAGACGGCAGGAGAUUGCUAGAGUCAGAGAGUGUGAAAUUUAUCAAGGCAGAUGGUAGACGGGGAUGGCCGGAGGGUGCACCAUACGAUGUCAUCCAUGUCGGUGCCGCCGCGCAAGAGCUCCACCCUCUUCUUGUCGAACAGCUUCGGGCACCCGGGAGGAUGUUCAUCCCCGUCAAUGCGGAAACUGGCCAAGGAUCACUGACAAGUGUGUUUGGUGGCGGCCAGUACAUUUGGGUGGUGGACAAGAAGGAAGACGGAUCCAUCCACAAGGACAAAGUGUUUCAAGUUAGCUACGUGCCUCUCACGGAUGAGCCCAAAUAG